AUGGAAUUCGAUCUGAUCAUAGGAGUUGAUUUCGGCAUGAGCGGGACGGCGGUCGCAUACCAUCAACCCGGGGGCUCCCUUGGCCUAACCAAAAGCGAGGAUGUGAUCUGCCUCCUCUGGGGGACCGACGAUACGAUCGAGAAAAUCCCAACGAGACUUGCUUACAGGCAAGACGGCCACAGAAGGGAGCUCAUCGCCUGGGGAACGGACAUUCCCAUGGACAACAAGGCCAUACUCAUACAAGAAUGGUUCAAGACAAAGUUCGGGGGCCCAGGAGCUGACCAAACACAAGUUGAGAAGCUAUUUCUCGACUAUUUGAGUCGACUCCAUGCAGAGCUGGCCCGGCGGUUUACCAGCGAUGUACUGUGUGGGAAGCCCUGGGCCGAGGCGAAUAUCGCUUUUCAUUUCAGUACACCCAGCAUUUGGGAUACCGCUAUGGUCGGUCGUUUCAAGGCCUUGGUCGAAGCUACAGGCUUUGGCCAAGCCCAAACUGCUGUCCACGGCCGCGGGGUCCGGAGAGUUGAUGUCAGUCUCGUUGAGCCGCAAGCAACAGCAGCUCUCCACCUCUGCGCAAAAGACGCGCCGGUCCAAUUCAAGAACGGACAGUGUGUCAUGGUCGUCGACGCUGGCGCCGGCACAGGAGACUUCUCCCUUCUUAGAAUCAGGAAGGAUGAGCGGGGCGCUUCUCGGUUGGACGAGAAGUCCCCUGUCUAUGGCGGCAAGAUUGGCUCAGCCUACAUUGACCAGGAGCUGCAAACCCGCAUAGCAAACAUCCUAGUGCCCUACAGUAGUCACAUAAACUGCGACGCCCUCACUGCUGCUUGGAUCAUGAGAUCCAGCGUCCAUUUUCAGCAAGCCAAACACCAGUUUGGCACCAAUGAGGCACAGAAAGGAAUUCCUGUGCCUCACCUGAAGGACCCUGAGAGCGGUCUGGGGGAUCGAAUUCAGGAUGGAAUGCUAAUAGGCAUCCAGAAUGAACUAGAAGACUCCUUCAAUAAGCAACUUGACAAGAUACAACAGCGUAUCCGAGAUUUGAUGAGCAACUGGCAUACAGGCGGUAGACUGCACUACCUGUUGCUUUCUGGAGGACUGGGUAGCUCGGCCUACGUCCAAAAGAAACUCCGGGACUUUUGCGCCAGACACGACGACCUGAAGAACACACAUGUCGUAGUGUCCCAUUGCCCUCGCAUGGCCGUUUCAAUGGGCCUUGUUUACGAUGCUAUGAGCAACCGGACGCUGUUGGCCGAGAUCUGUUGCCGAACGUCGUUCGGCCUGGUAUUCCGGAUGCCAAAUGACAAAUCGCUGGUGUCAAGAUUGAGAUCAAAGUUCAGAGGUUUCAAGCCAUGGGGCUUUCAUCGUAGUCGAGACACUCUUGUUAGUGGUGUCCAUUGGUUCAUCAAGCAAGGUGACAGAGGUGUCAACGGUCGCGAGGCUACGCAUCCCUACAAAGCCUCCUUCAAGAUCAAUGCACCGAGAGUCUGCGAUGUUGAAAUCGUAGCAUCUCCAGACAAAAGUCUCUCGCCAUCCGAGAAGGAUCACCCGCAGAGUCGUGUCUUGAUACACGUCGACCUCGAACAUUCCGACCCGCUCGAGGAUUUUACCACCUGGCGACAGGAGUCGUACGUCACAUUCCUUUUUUUCGUCAAGGCGACAAUCAAGCCGGCCGAGGUGAAAUUCCGUUGUAUUGACAGCAAGGGGAAGGAGGUGAGUGAGGGUGUUAGUUUCUUUGCCGAUGGCGGCCAUACCAUGCGCCCUCUUCUCAUGGGCUUGGGCGAAGAUGAGGAGUAG